AUGGCUGCAGUAGCUUCGGCGGCGAGCCAAAUCGCAGCCUCGCGGGGUCUGCCGACUGACACGAAUACCAACACGACUAGAUGGCUCGAAGAGGCUCCGCCCCCUCUCGAGGAGGAUGCGAAGAGGCUCUUUCUCGAAUACUCCAAGAUCCCCGAACAAGAGCUGGAGCAGCACCUUGUAGAAGCUCGUAAGCGGGCUUGGGAUUGUUGUCCAUAUCCUUGCAUUGGCCAUUGGGUGUUUCUCAAGCUGCAGCUGAGAAAGCAUGCCGAGUUUGAAGAGGUAGUUCGUCGCACCCAGCAGGGCCAGAAGUUUUUGGAUGUUGGUUGUGCCAUUGGCCAAGACCUACGCAGCUUGAUCCACGCCGGAGCACCCGCAAACAUGCUCUACGGCAUAGACCUGGAGGAGCGCUUCUUCGACGCGGGCAAGUUCCUGUUCAAGGACCCAGACGUGCAGAUCACGUUCCGGCAGGCCGACGUGCUGGACCCCGAGGCGCUGCCGGACUGGCGCGGGAGCUUCUCCGUCGUCACCUGCAACUACGUCUUCCACCUCAUGAGCAUGGAGAACCAGGAGACGCUGGCCGGCAUGAUCCUCCAGCUGCUGAGCGGCAAGGCCGGCGACCUGGUCGUGGGCAGGACCACGGGGACGGAGCGCGAGGGCCACUACGAGUCGCUCCGCGAGGGCCAUCAGGUCUACCGCCACUCCAUCGGGAGCAUGCAGGAGCUGUGGGACCGCGUGGCGGCCAGGUUUGGGAAUAAGGUCGCGGUGGAGUCGUGGAUCGACUCGGCCCCGGUGCUGACUUUGAAUGUCAUGAAGGCCACCAUGGAUGUGGAGGAUAUGGAGCCGAUCAGGAACCUCAUGUUCUGCGUGCGCCUCUCCUAA